AUGCCAGGGGAAACAGGUGCCGAGUCUAGUAAAUUAAUAAAUUUGAAGUCAGAAAUAUGGUUUUCCCUAAGCGCCACUUAUAUGGCAAAAUGUGAUUUGUGGGUAACAUUUUUUGCUAGGGUAGAUAAAACAAAGCUUUGUCUUCAGACAUCAUUAGUCUCAUUAUAUGAAAAUGAUUCGAGUACUUGUUCAGAAAUAAGAGAUAAGGCAUUAGGAUCUCACGCGAACUGUUAUGUUGAGAGUGGUGUAUGUGUACUUCCGCCCUCAGACUGGGUCUCUAUAUUCAAAACUAUUGAUUUCAGAGAUUUGUUUGGAACUUUGCCGCCUGUUAAAUUUUUUGAUGUUAGUAUUAUAAUCUUCCCGGAACGACAUGGAAUUCCACAGAAUGUUCCAGAACGUCCAGAAACACAUUGGAAUGCCACGAAAUGA